AUCAGAUUUUAAAAAGUUAUAUCCGGAACAUGAUUUGCACAUGUGGAGUAAAUGGCCUUCUUUUUCGCAAAAAAUAUGUACGCUUAUGAAAUUAAAAGAUCCAAAUGAUGUUGAUAUAUUCAUUAGCCUGGGGAAGCUUUUUACUCCUUCUGUAGUACGAUUGGAAAAUGGAAAAAGAUGGAAGCCUAACACUCAAGAAGUAUGUGAUGGAUUUUUACUUCAUAUAAAAGUAAACAACGAUUUAGUACCAUCUAUUGAAAGAAUGAUUUCAAAAGCACAGCUUAUGAAAUAUAAAGUUCAACCAUUCAUUGCUGCUGUGGGGUUGACAUCUGCUGACUGUCAAGAUUUUUAUGUUGUAAUUGACAAAAACUACUAUCAUUUUCAUGAUUGUAGAACUGCUGUGGAUGCUUGUUUUAAGGCAAUUCAUGCACUUCAUGCAAAUUAUCCACCACAGAGUGAGGCCAUUUGGUAUUUUCUCUAACUUGGACUGUACGAAUUAAAGACUCCUUGGGAUAAAAUUAUACCUCAAGUUAGUAAGCAAUUGAAAAAUUUAGAAGUAGUGGAAAUUACACUACAAUUACACUUACAAGUUUGGAAAAAUAGUAUAUAUCAUAUAUAUUGUUGAGAUCAGAGCGCUCUGGUGUCAUUCGAAGAGUUUUGUUUGUAGAGGUCUCUGUAAGACGGCGUCGCGAGAUUUUUUUUUUGCUCAUGUGUAUUCUCUUUUAAGUUCUUUCGUGUCUUCCGUCACGACCGCUCAAGUCGAGUCAGAAAAAGUCUUUUGUUAGCACGCAAUAAAUAUAAAGUGCAGUGUGUAACUCAAUCGCUAAUUAUUUACUCAUUAAAUCUUACUGUGUGUAUAA